AAAAAAUAAAAAAGAGAAAAGGCCGAUGGUCUGGGGCUGAAUCGGAUCGGAAAUCAAUCCCUCCUUAGGCUGUUCUCUCCCGCCGCCGUUGGUCGUCCGACGAUCGUUCCUCUUCGUUUGUACACUCGCACCGGCUAUCCGUCCGCAACCCGUCCCCAUUCUUCGUUCCACAAACAGGUCAGGUUGCGAUGCCCCUGGUUCUGAAGGAUCUGUAUUGCCUGCUUUUAAAACUGUCUCCGGAUGCGUCGUGUCUGCAGGGUGGGUUCGGAGACUCCACCUCCCUGUUCGUCUCCAGCCCAUGGCUUCAAACGCGUAUCGAGUUUGCCGAAAUCGUUAAUCUUUCCGAUUUGCUCUUCAAAGAACUGCGGGAACAGUUGGAACAGCUGCUCCCCGCCGUACAAGUGCCCCCUUCCCUGGUGGCUGGGGAGAAAAAAAUUGGCUGCGAAGCCUCUCCUCAAGCAUUUCUGCCGCUCUUGAGAUGUUGUGCGAUAAUGUUGCGGUUUCUCGAGUUUGACCUCAGUCUAGUUUUGGAGAGGUGUGAUAUUCUUCUUGCGGUGCUCCGAAGGCUGCCUGCGCCGAAUUUGCCAUCCCAUCUCCAUGAAUGCGCGCGCGUGCUUGAUGGGGUGGAUACGGAAGCUAGGGUGCCACGGCCUGCCUUUUGUCCUGCAGUACUUGAGGUAUUCAUCGAUGAAUUUUUGGUGCAACCCCAACUUAGAAAACAUUUUAUAAUGACAGAUUAUGUUUCUGCUACAACAGAUAAGCUGCUUGCAUCUCAUGGCAUUAAUGGGGAUAUUUCUGCCGUUCAAGAGCUUGUUUCUGGUCAUUUUCUUCUGACAUAUUAUCAUGAGUCGACAUUUAGCGGAUUCAUUCAUUCACUUUCCUGGACAGAUGAGGUUGAUGAUAUGAUUCCAGAACUAGGCUUGGAUGCAGCCUUGACAUUACUAGGUAGCUGCACCAUGUUUACUCUGCCACCUAUGCUCCAAGCCCAUCUGAUCUUGUUGGCUUCUAGAUGCAUCGGUGUUCAAAGGCCAACAGAUAACAAGCCAGAUGAUGAAUUGAUGGGUCGUUACAUCUUAGCAUUUGAACUAUCAGUCAAGCUUUAUGUAAAUUACACGUCUAACUUGGAUUUAAUCGAUAAAUACAUUGGAUUUGUGGGUCAAUCAGGUUCUCGCACCACAAAGUCUUUAGAUUCUUAUCUCCGAUCAGUCACCCGCAAUAUGCUUAAUUAUCAAAUUGACAAGUUGGUUGAUUUCUGCCACUCACACUCUCAGGGCAUGCUCUCUGGAACUAAAGCAGACAUUCUAAGUAAUUCUGUUGCUUACAUCAGAGGGAACCAUCAUGUUGUAGAUGAAAUGUGCAGGGAUGAGACUUGUUUAUUUCUAAAUUUGAUAACACUAGGCAUUCUUCCUGGGGAGAUUGAGGAAAGCACAUCAGAUAAGAGAGGUGAUAAAAUUCAGCAAGAGAUAUACUGUCUUGCUGCUGUACUAAAAUUAAUGAGCUCUGCACUUCUGCAAAUUGUAUGGAAUUUAAGACAAAAUGGGUGUCUACAUGGUGUGAAAACAUUAAAAGAUUAUACUAUUUGCAAGGAGUAUGAUUUUAUAUUAAGCAUCAUCAGUUGUUUUGGGAAAUAUGAUGCAAAUCAACUUGUUCAAAAUAUAUUGCUUGAUGUGAUGGGAAUGCAUCCUGUACAGCACGAGGGGGCAAUGUUGAUGUUGGCGCAUUUUGUGUGCUUGUCCUCAUAUAGUUUCCACAGGAGGCUUGGAUUUUUAUGGAAGGGCUGCAUUUUUAUGAUGAUGACAAUAAUGAAUCUUCUCCUUCUCGAAGAGGGUAGUUUAGAUGCAUUCAGUCCAUCACUUAGCAACAUGAAGGAUGCUGCAUUACAUCAUAGCCCUCUAGAAAAAUCUCCAAAGGAAGCUGCUUUACAGAGCUUGGUUCAUAGAAGGUCAAGUGCAAUAAUAGCAUCAAGCUUACAAAACAUUCAGACUCUCUAUUUGAGGGAUAAUAUCAGAUGUCUCACAUAUGGAAAACAAAGGAUUGAUGCCGGGGAAAGGAACUUAGGUGAGACACAAGAUGGCCAGUCAGGCAUCUUAAGUAUAAUUCCCACUGAGGAUCUGGGGCGGCAUUGUCCUUCAACAAAUGAAGCUGAUACCUGCAACGGUGAGGCUUUUAUUGAGUGCUUACCAGGCUAUCAUAAAAAUCCCUCGGAGUGGGAUGAUUUGGUUGACUUCAUUGAAUGCAAGCGUGGAAAAGAUUAUUCAAGUUGGAUGAGGAAAAGAAAAAGAUUCAGGCGGUGGCAACAUGAAAGGAGGCACGGGAAGAAAAAGUUCCUGAAAGAAGUGGAAGCAGGUGCUCGGAAAACAAGGUCCAGGAAGGCAAUGUAAUCAUAAUAUUCUAUUGGGUAACUUGCAGUCACUGGUGCCUUUGAAUUUUGACAGCAUUUCCUGAUAGGCUUAAGGUGACAACUUUAGUUGACAUGUACAUAACCUCAUGGCAGAGAAAGCGUCCCUUUUCUUCUCUGUCUUUCUUUUUUUUCCUUUCUUUUGGUAGGCUAAUCUCAUCAUUUCGCGGGGUCCAGUUACCAUCUCACAUAGGUUUCAGAGGAAUACACUCCAAGUGAUUUGUAUGGAUUGUGUCAUGAUGUAUGAGCAUGUGUAGAAUUAUGUGCUUGGAUAUUUAUUGCAGGUUGUUGUUCGUAAAUGAUAGAUCAAUCUAUUCUGAUUCUGAAAUGAUAGAUUACAGUGAUAAUGACAUGACGUUUU